GUGCGCUUUGACGGCGUGCGUGCGAUGUCUUAUGAAUGACGGCCGCCUGUACAGGUUAUGUGACAUUGUGGCAGUGCAGGACACCUCAGCAACUGUCUCGACCCAGCAGCAGAAAAGGCAGGUGAAAAGGAGGGAGGGGGGAUGUGCCCCGGCUGCUUGGUUUUACGCGGAGAGGAGGAGGAGGAGGAGGAGGAGGAGCGCGGCGCACGGUUCACGGCUCUCUGAGAGGUUAGGUUGCACGUGCCUCUUGUGAGCUCGGCGGCUCUGCGUCGGCUUCAAACCGACUCUCUGCGGCUGACAACAUUUCGCACGAUUUUUUUUUGCCGCACACCUUUGAGUGGGGAAUGUGUUGCCUUUCCAAGUAGGCCCGCACCACAUGCUUCUGCUGCUCCGGCUGGACUUACCGCCCGAAAGUGCCAAACUCAAAGUUUACAGGCGGCUUUUCGUGCGCAUGAUGUACACAAUUACAAGAGGACCAAGCAAACUGGUCACCCAGCGACGGACAGGGCCAACUCAGCAGCUUGACAACAAAAUCAACGACUUCAAGCAUAAGCAAACGUCCUGGACUUCGCCUGUCCUCCCUGCACCCAAGAUAGUUUUCAACCGUCUCAAUGGUAAGAAGUACCAUCACCCUGCACCGACACUCCCUGCAGACGACCAGCAGGAAGAGAGCUUCACUCCUGCGCACGAGGAAAACGUCAAGUUUGUCUAUGAAGCCUGGCAGGAGGUGCUGCAGCAGGAGCAGGGGCCCAGGCAGGGGCCAGAGGAGGCCCAGGGAGCAGUCCACUAUAAAGAAGCCACUCCCAGCACACAAAUGGACAACUUUGUCCCCAUAGAUCUGGACGAAUGGUGGGCCCAACGUUUCCUGGCCAAUAUAGACAAGCUGUCCUGACACUCAUCUGGGAUUUGCUGAUUUUGACGGACAGUCACGAGAGUGAGACCUGAAACAGGAUGGAUCACAGAAGCGAGGAAACCUGUGCAGGGUGUGUGACGGGGUCAAACUGUGAUUCAGAUGGAUGGACAGCGCUGGGACGCUAACAUGGAAACCACAGAGAAUGACUUCACUUGAACUCGGCAACCCAUCCGCCUCUCGGUACCCAGUGUGCCAUUGGAGGACACUGGAGGACAUCACCUUGAAGUUGACGCUUCUUUCAUGUUACUACACAACAGAGAUGUUGUGUUGUAAUGCAGUAAAAUUGUUUAAGAAGUUCGGUA